CGCGCGCACACACAAUCUCUUACACACAGUCUGAACAGAGGCAGUCUUUAGGAUACAGCAGAGUGCGUGAGGAGGAUAGAGAGACCGGGAUGCUGACAUACUCCUGAUAGAUGGUUAAAAUGGCGAGAGCUGGUUCGACCCCAAGGAGCCACUAAACUGUAGCAUUGUAGGUCGGAAUAUGUCGUAGCAGAACCUGGAUAAUUGUAAUCCCCACCUUUUUUUUUCUAAAGAAAAAGAGCGCUGUUUGUACCCACCACGUUGUUCUCUGCGAGUGUUGGAAUAUUUUCUCUGUUUAAAUGGCAUCCACAAGGAUGGGGAUUCUUUUGGGAAUUCUCCUAAAUGCUUUAAUCGGUGUGAUGUGUGAAGCAGAGCUCUCUUUCACAUUGGAGCCCAGUGACGUCAUUGCUGUACAGGAACAGCCACUCAUGCUCCACUGCCAGGUGGAUGGCAUCCCACCAAUCACCACACAGUGGAGGCAUAAUGGUGUGCUCUUAACUCAGGACCAGCAUCACACCACCUUCAUCAACGGUUCACUCCUGAUCGCUUACUUCCAGAAGACCAAGUCUGAUGGUUCAUCCGACGAAGGCGACUAUGAAUGCAUGGUCCAGAAUUCUUUUGGGCGGGUAGUGAGUCGCAAAGCCCGCAUUCAGGCUGCCACCAUGGCAGACUUCCACGUCCAACCAGAGUCAGUACAUGUUGAAGAAUCUGGCGUGGCAAGAUUCCAGUGUCAGAUCCAUGGUCUGCCAGAGCCAGUCAUCAGCUGGGAAAAAGACAGCCGUCCGGUGGACACUAAGGACAAGAGGUACACUCUUUUGCCAACAGGUGUUCUGCAGAUCACAGGAGUGCAUGAGGAAGAUGGUGGAAAGUUCUGCUGUGUGGCCCAUAACAGUGCAGGAGUGAAACACAGUACUGAAGCACUCCUUACUGUUUCAGGUUCUCAGUCAUCUGUUUACAAAGAGCCUGUAAUCCUGGUUGGCCCAGAAAACCUGACCCUCACUGUUCACCAGACUGCCAUAUUGGAGUGUGUUGCUACGGGAUACCCUCGGCCCAUUGUGUCUUGGAGCAGACUAGACGGUCGGCCCAUUGGAGUGGAGGGAAUUCAGGUACUUGGCACAGGGAACUUGAUGAUCUCAGAUGUUGGUGUGCAGCACUCAGGGGUAUAUGUGUGUGCUGCUAACAAACCAGGGACUCGUGUCCGAAGGACAGCUCAAGGACGUCUGGUAGUCCAAGCUCCAGCAGAGUUUGUUCAGCCUCCGCAGUCCAUAGCCCGACCAGUCGGCACCACCGCCAUCUUCACUUGCCAAGCACGGGGUGAGCCUGAGCCACAGCUCACCUGGCUAAAGAAUGGACAGGUUCUGGAGCCCGGAGGACACGUCAAGCUCAGGAAUAACAACAGCACUCUGACGAUAUAUGGCAUCAGUCAGGAAGAUGAGGCUAUCUACCAGUGCAUUGCUGAAAACAGCGCCGGCUCCACACAGGCCAGUGCCCGGCUCACUGUGCUCUGGGCUGAUGGCCUACCUGGUAUGCCCACCGAUGUGCAGGCCGAAGCCCUCUCACCCACCACCAUACAAGUGUCCUGGAGGGAGCCCAGUCAGAACACUCAGGACAUCAUUGGUUAUGUGCUUCACAUCCGCAAGACUUCAGAUCCAGUGGAGAUGGAGUACGAGGAGGCCGUCAGUAAGGUGACACUGCAGCAAGUCAUUCGCGAUCUGGAGCCCUCCACAAGUUACAUCUUCUAUGUCAAAGCCUAUACAUCCCACGGAGCCAGCAAGGCAUCAGAGAGCGUCACCGAGAGCACUCAUGGAGAGGUGCCAGCUCCUCCUUCCCUCUUCACAAAAGUGUUGAACAGUAGCGUUGUUCAAGUGAUGUGGGAGUCUUCCUCCAAAAUGGGUCAACAACAAGGCUUCAGACUAUAUUACAGAAGAGCACAUGCACCACUUUUUACUGGUCCCAUCACUUUCCCUCGCAAUGCCACCCAAUACAACAUCACUCAACUGGAUUCUUCGCUGGUCUAUGAGAUAAAGGUUCUUGCAUACAACCAACAUGGGGACGGGAAUGCCACCUUGAGAUUUGUUUCACUUCGAGAGGCCCUGGAGAAAUCAGUGCUGGAUGGCCCAUGUGACUGUGUGAAAGAUGAACAGAGCAGAACAUCCACUACAGGCAUUAUAAUCGGUACCCACAUUGGAGUGACUUGCAUUGUCUUCUGUGUGCUCUUCCUCAUCUUCAGCUACCGCGGCAGGCUAAUGAUGUGUAAGACAGUUCAGGCCACCCCCCAGGCAGGGCACAGCGCAGUGUUGGAAUCCUCUUCCUCGUCUCAGGGGGCCUCUGGGCUCAACGGGGCUGCCAGGAGAGAGAUAGAGGUCAAUGGCAGUGCCGCAGGGAAGAAAGUGGUCGACAGCAACGAGCUUGAGAGACUUUUCACUCAACCUAACACACAAGAUACAAGCAUGUCCGAUUCCUACAUGCUGAAUGACACGCAGCUAUCCACGAUACCGCUAGACGAGUUUGCAGUGGAAAGGGAGACACAGUUCCAGCAACAUCCUGCAGCAGGACCGGCUCAGCAGGACCAAGGCUAAUCAUGUAUGAAGGCCCAUUUACGUGACGCUUUCUGGUGUCCAUUUAGACUUUUCUCUCACUCAGGUUGACUAGUGUUUCUUUUCAAAGUAGUUUUUCUUUUGUGCAAAUAUUUUUUUUUAAGUUUUUUAUUGGUAAGUUAAGAGGUUCUGGAGGAUCUAGGACUGUAUGUUGGCGUGUUUUUGGCAGGGAAGGUUUCUAGAUGUCAGACCACUUUAAAAGUUUUUGGUCUUUUGUUAAUUUUCUGGUGUUUGGCAGCACAGAGAAUAGAGACCCCAGAAUGUCCUUGUUAUACAAUGACUUUAUUUUUAAGUUUAUAAAUUUAAAUAUAUAUAUAUAUGAAUAUAUAAAUACACACAUAUCUUUAUCAUCUUUAUGUCAAAGUGGUUAUAAGUUAUUGUUAUGUCUCUACUUUUCUGUGGACGUCAAAGAAUCCUGCUGCCUGCUCUCACUCACCAAUGAUUCCACCUUCUUACUCACAGAAGACCUCAGCCUUCUUCCAGGGAUCCAAUAUAUUCUAUCUCAGGACUUUGUUUCGAAAUCAACAUUUUUUUAUGAGUUCUCGGCCUUCAUACAGGUACUAGACUUGGCUGUGUGAAUGAUUCAACAAAAACCUACCUCAGCCGGAAUGAAUGUGUCUCGGGAAGCUGUUAGGGACUUGGUCUUCCCCUGUGUUCACAAUUACUUCAUAUACAGAGAAACUGUUCCGUUGGAAAACUACAAGAACAGGUGUCGCUCUACCUCAGAUGUCAAGAACCGUGUCUCCUCUCCUGCUUUUCGGCGUCAAACGGAAAAAUGAGUAUCCAACAUGAAGCACUUCCAAAUGCUGAAAUGUAAUGUUCUACCUCAAGAUAACAAUGUUGAUGUUGUCGCUGUUGUUGUUGUUGUUGUCUGUUUAUUGCAUAAUGAAAACCCUUCUUUUCCCCAUUUAUGAAGUCUUGGCUUCCCGCUGUUGUUGAAUAUAUGAUGUUUGUAGAGUUUCAGUACCUCAUGCAAGCUGACAGACUAAUAACAUGAUUUACGGUGCGUUUCAAGUACAUAUGAGUUAUGAUGUAAACUUUCUUCCUAGAUGAUAUUUUGUUUAAAAGAUACAGAUACGCUGCAUUGCUAAUCAUAACUGUGGGAUUCCUACAGUGAAUGAGAUGUGAUAUUUAUUGCUUAACUGAACCGGAAACACUAGACUAUACAACUUCUGUACAGUUGGUGCAUUGAUUCAAGUCUGUGUGUAUUUGUGUUUUUAUGGAUUUAAUUAAUGUUAUCAUUCAUUUAUGAUGUAUGUUUAGGAAAAAUAUCAGUGCCCCAAAUUAUUGUUUUACUAUGUUUUGGUAUGAUCUGGUUUUCAAAAUCUGACAAGGUUAAACUCUCCGCCCUAGUCAGUCAAUCCACCUUUUCCCAAAGUUUUGAUAAAUAAAAGGAGGCCUAUGGAGGCAACACACCUCCAUAUUUCUGUUUGACAUAACCAAAUUGCAAUUAAUUCAUAAAUAGUUGGUCUAAUGUUUCCACAAAUGUUAUAUCUGAUCUCCUCAAUGACACCACAAGAUUUAUAUUUUUGGUAAAUCUGGUAAUAUUUCUUCCAAUGAGGCCUCCUGGAAAGGCUUGCCUCACACUUUGUAAACCUCUGAUAUAAAGAAAUAAUUUGACAUUUGGGAUGUUUUGGCUUCUUUUUAAGCACUGAGAUGAGAAGAUCAAUAUUUCAUUUGCAUCUGUUUUUUUUUUUUUUUCUUUUGUGUGUGUGUUUUUUACCAUUAAUUUCUAUAAGUUGGGGAUGAUCAGCUCAGUUUGGUAAACCUGUUUUGAAAUCACCAAAGUGUAUUUAAACCGAGAUCAAACAAGCAAGACAUGAACUGGUUAACUUUCAUCUCCAGCUGGCAUUUUAAUGAUUUUUAUUUGUUGUGCUAACUGCAGACAGUUGGUUGAGCUUUGUAAAAAGACGGGAAUGAGGAGAGGAGGUAAUGGUAACAAAAUCCAUCUACUAACACCUCUGAAGCACACUAAUCAAUACAUCUUAUUUAAUCUGUAGAAAAACUGAUACAUUAAACCAACUCUUUGAGACAGAUGUUACAAACAGAUAUGGGUGGUAUUGAUCCUCUCAUCUGGCUCCAAACCAGAAAGGAUUUUUAAAUUUUUAUUUUUUUGCCAAAAUACUCAACAACACAGUGAUAAGAGCGGUAUGAAUCCUAAAGAAAGAAAGCAAAUAAGCCACUCCCCCCCAAAAGUUAAAUUAUUACUUUAUUUAAUGAAACUGACCACAGUGUAUCUCUAACCCUCAUCUGAAUGUGUUGCUGCAGUAUUUCUUUUCUUUUCCCAUCACAUUACCUGCUUCCACUUUAAAUCAAGCAGUAGCCUUUUACACAUCUGGUGCUCAGUAGAAAUGUUGAUCUUAGUUAUUUACUGUAACUCUUCCCAAAACCACAGUGGCUAUUUAUCUUUCUCCCUCCUGUUAACACUGACUUGCUAAAAUGCUUCAGAAACAUAGAGCUUAUAACCCAUUUGAAACUGGCAACCACAGAGAGGUGACUGAGGGAGAUAGUUGUUGGGUGGCUGAACAAUCACAGGGUCUUCUCUGCAGCUCCCUGCGGUGCAUAGUCACUAUAGAGAAAUUUCCUUGAUGCAUUAUGGUUACCUACCUCAACCCUGUUUUUGGCCUUUCUCUCAGGUCUUGAAGGAAACUACAGAGUACAAAUGAUGAAGCAGAAGAAAACACAUCAUACUAUAUUUUAUGAAUACGUAGAUAUUGUAAGACUAAACCACAACAAUAGAGGAAGGACUUUUCAGGACCUUAGGUCGUGCACUAUUUAAAUAGAUCGCUGGUUGUGAAUGUUGGGUUUUUUAUCACAAGCUUUUAACUUUAUUUUCUAUGAAUGGCAUUUUACAUAUGUCAAGAAAACAAACAAAAAAAGUGGUGGACUAAUACAGCUCUGACAAAAUUAAACACUACUGGUUUAUUGAUUUUCCUUUCUUGCUGAAGCUGAAUUAUUACCUUAUCUGUACAUGCUGAGGUUUUUUAAGCCAACCAUAAUCUUUAAUAUUUCACAUUUGUAGUGUUGAAUCAAAAAAUGAUUCCUAGCAAACCUCAGAUAGAUCUGUUUAAUCUGUUUACCGCACCAGCUGGUAGUAAAGAUAAUAACUGCUGCCUAGUUUACUAACAUGUUACGCUGUCUGCAGAGGGUCAUAUUUGCAAGAUGUUUUGGCUGCAGUUGAGUUGUUUGUUUUAAGAAAGUAGAUAGCUGGAGAAUCAUGUUCUACAUGAGAGCUGUGCAUGUCAGCACAGCAGAUAAUCAGUAGUGUUUUUAAUGUUAUGCAAACAGGCAUCACUGCAUUGUGCACACAGUUUCCAACUUAGUGAUCACCAGAUUAUUUAUAGUAUUAUAUCUUUAUAUCAGUUUAUCUGUUUAUGCUUAUUUCUUUUCCGAUUUUCUUCUUGCAUCUGUUUCUUGCAUAUAAACGUACCUGUUGGUGUUAAUAUUUUGAAAGUGUUGGAAGGCAAAAAGAAGAAAAAAAAAAAGGUAUAUUGUCCAAACAGCUGAACAAAUCCACCUGAUUUAAGCAUCUCCUCUGUGUAUAUUUAUAAACCGCCAAUGUGAUAUUUACCCUCCAGAAAUGCUGCAGCCUUGGUUUUUUUUUUUUUUUUUUUUUUUUUUUUUUGCCUCUGUCAGGAAUAAUUUAACUAGGCAUACGAGUGGUGUUUUCUUCCGUACUGAGUUCCUCUGUCUCUCAUUGUAAUUUAAGGUUAAUCUCCUGCUGCAGGAAAUUGCUCACCCUUGUAGAUGUGACAGGUCUGCGUGCCAAACUAUUUAACUUGAUCCACUGUGAAUGUGGUGCAGUGAUGAUCGUGUUUAUGUGAUUAGACUUUGCUAGGUCAGGUUGUCAUUUUGCUGUAGAAUAUUGAAACUUGUGUGAUUUAAUGGGGUGCUCAAAGCUGUCAUCUAUGACUGGUGCUGUAACUCCAUCAGCACAGGUGUUCAUACGAUUCCUUUGCUGACACAGCGAGUGGAAAGGGGGCCUUUGUCUCACGUUUUACAGUCUUGGGAAGUGCUCUAUCAUCAAACGUCAGUUAGCCAGCCUCCUUUGCUCCUUUUCUGAGAAUCCCAAUCUUUAGUCAAAGAUUGAAUGCUCAGGGACUAAUAUUUUUAUUAUUUAUAUUUCAAUAUAACUAGCCUUCUUGAUUUUCCUGCUUAAAUUGUGCUUUGUGAUCAGGUCAGGUAGAUUUACAAUAAGGGGGCGACCGUCUCUGUUGGUCAUGUAAGUAAAUACCAGAAGUGUUGGAAAGAUAAUGAAUACCUAACUGUGCCAUUUGUUCCUUGUUUAGCAAGUCUGCUGUAAAAUAUAGUAUGUCAUAGUAGACACUUAAUCUGCUUCCUUGUGUUUCCAAGAGGAGAAAUAUUACAGUUGCUACUGAGAAAGAAUGAUUAAUUAGAUUUUUUAAGCUUCUAAAUUACAUGAAUAUGUUUAGUUCUUUAUAUUAUGGAAUAUGAAACUAAAUAAUCAAUAGUUUGGACUUAGAAUCAGGCAAAAGAAGCAGGUCAACGAAGUUUGAGUAAGCUUUAGAGAGUUGUGAUUUUUGACUGUUUUAUGACAUUUCAUAGAUCUUUGUGCAACUGACUGAGAAAAAUGACAUGAAUAUUUGCUAUCUGCUGCUGUAAAUUCGUCCUCAGGUUCUCAUAAAGUAGGCAGGAUAUAUGCAGGGUUUGUUUCACAUUAUAUAUGCAGCCAAUAUGACUCUAACUCUCAUUACUCAUAUGCCUGUGCAGUUCUCUUUUUUCAUAUGCAUUAAUUAAACACAGGUAAACAGAUGAAGUCAGAGGGAAAGAUCAGGUCAGCGAGGCUGACAUUGUAAAGCUUUGUGACGUCUUAUAUGGAGGGAGUAACUCAGUGACAAGAAGUUUAGGUUAAUUUGUAGAAAUUUAGUCAUUUCUACAAUGCAGUCAGUCCUUUCUUGAAAUAUUCUUAAUCAAACUAUCGCCAAAUGAUGAUCCUGAUAUGAUUGUGAACUGCUUACGAUUCCACUGAAUUCAUCUCUCUGGUGUUCUGCCCUGAGACCCCAGUGACUGUACAUGUCAAAUAAUGCUGAGUUUCAAGAUUUUCUAAGUAACUUAUUGUCAAAUGGUGAUUUAUGUAAAUGUACUUUAUUGUUCAACAUCAGUAUUAUAUUUUACAUACUUCUUCCAGGAAGGUGGAUUGAAUCCAGUGUAUUUAAAGUUAGUAGGCAGAGAAAAAUCUACAGUAGAUCUGCAUGAAAAAAAAGACAAAAAACAAAAAUCUGAUGUGUUAUCUUAGCUCAAUUGAAAAGUGUUAGUUACUCCUUAUUGGACUUGUGAUGGUAACACUGUGAUAUUCAGCCAAAUUAUGGCAAAAUAAUGUUGUGAUCUCAGUAUGGUACUAUUGAUGGUCCUGUCUCACAUUGUCAGUCUGUUCGAUGGUGUGUAUUGAUGAAAAGAGGUUUAGUGACCUUCUUCUGUUGACAAAGUCCGUCUUGCCCUCACUGGCGCCUGAUGAUCACCUCAUCCUCAUCCUGUUCCCACCUGGCAUGCUGUUCAACAUGAGUGACUCGCAGUGAGGGCCUGUCAGUCCUGUUACCAUUCAACGUUAACACAUUGUCUUCAUUUUACUUCACAAUCCAUCUGAUAUUGAGGAGAAUGUCUGUUCUUCACUGAUGUUGUCAACAACUCUUGGAGCUUUUGGAUAGAAGCUUCUUUGCUGGUAUAAUCAAACACCAUGACUGGUCUUGAAUUUUAGCCACAAAUAGCUUAUUGAUAAAAACCAUUAUUGCUUAGGUCUGACUGGAUUGUAAAUUGUUAAUGUGCAUAUUAGAGAGCAGCUUCAAUCACACUGCUCUGAAGGGACAUUGAGAAUUAAAAUUCCCUUACUGGGAAGAUUAUGUCAAUAUAUUGUCAAGAUAUCACAAUAAGUAGGCGUAAGAAUAUUUGACCUGUUCUUGCCCAGAACUGCAGCAAGAUUUUAACUCAUAUACAUAAAAUCGAAGAACUUGUGGGGUUAGAUUUAAUCGUUAAAGCAGCAAACUGAACUUCAGCGUCAUUUAUUACAGGAUUUAAACUUCUCACACUUUGUCAUUGCCUCAAGUCGU